AUGGGAAUAAUUAGUAUAGCAGUUCGUUCUGGAAUUUGCAUUUAUGCAGUAAAGUAUACAACUGAUCGUGGCGCCUGGGGAAGUGCGGAAAAAGCAAUCCAAUUCAAAAAUGAAACAUGUAAAGCUGUGAAUAAUACAGAAUUUGUGCAGACUGGGAAGGCUCACUUCCAGGCAUAUGUCCCUAUGCCUCAGUUUCCUGAUCUGCCUAAAACAUCCGAAAUAGGAUUUCUAACAAUUCACUAUUAUAAUAAGGGAGUAAAAUCAACAAUAAGAUUUAUUGAAAUGCUCCCAUGCUAUACCGGACAGAUGAUUAAGAAAGGCAGUGAUUUCGUCAAGAAAGCUAUUGAACAACCUCCUGUUCAGUCGUAA